AUGGUUCUUACACGCUCGAAAAGAGAUGUUGAACAGCGACAACAAGAAAUUUUAGAUGCUUUGAACGAUUAUUAUAAAACAUUGAACUGGCCAUCACAAUCGAGUUCGAUACAUAAGUAUAUUCUGUUGCUUGGACGCACAAGAGCUGGCAAAACGACGCUGAAACACAUGUUGGAGGAUCCACGAUACAUAGAUAAUGAUAUGGGUUUGAUCUCCAAAACUCGUGAAACUGAUGUUAAAAUGUUCGAUAUUUCACAAUCGAAUUUAAGGCUGACGCUCGUCGAUACGCCAGCGCUGAUCGAUCGACAUAUGUAUACAGAUGAAACACUAUCGAUUAAUGAAAGUUUCAACCGCAUAAACUCUACAUGUCUCAAUAAAGAUAUCAAGGAAUUGCAUCUAGUAUGUUUCUGUAUAUCGUUAGAAUCAGGAAUCAAUGAUCGAGAUUUGGAAUUAAUCAGACAAUUACUCGAUCAUUUCGGACCCGAACUUGCUGAACAUCUUUGUAUGAUUAUUACGCGGUGCGAAUUCAAAAACGAUGAGCAACGACUUAAGCUGCAAGACGAAAUUGAAAAUGACACAGCAUUCAAACUAAUUUGCAAACAAUUCAAAAAGGAUAUUUACUUUUCCGGUGCACUUCGGUGCGAUGACUGGAACCAAGGAAGUGAUGCAAUUUUGAUUCAAUUCAAAAAUGUCUGUAAUUAUCGACAAAAGUUCAUCGGAUUAUUUCAACAGUCCAAUACAACCUACAAAUUGAAGCUUGACGAUGUCAGACCAGCUAACGAAACAGACUCAAACAAAUCUUUUUGGCGAUGUAAGUUUAGAUUUGUUCCGUCCUUCUUUAACAAUACCACGAGCGAGGAUUUAUUACCAUUUGUAUUCUUUAAUAAUGUUUGA